CUGGAGCCAGGAAGCAGGUGGAAAUGCUGCCAUAGGAGCCAGGAACAGGGCUUACCCAAAGCUCCUGCCCAGCCACUGUGUCCCAGCACAGCACCCGCCCCCACCAUGGACACCAUCCCGGAGCUGAAGAGGAAUAGGUUCCCCAGCAUGAACUUUGAAGCAGAGAUUCUGACAGCUCCACAUGAUAAUUCAGAGCCAUACAUGAUCUCUGCCAUGAGAAGCCUCACAGCUGAGGAGUAUGUAGAGGCCUUUAAGUCAUUUUUGGAUCAUUCAACUGAGCACCAGUGCAUGGAUGAGUUCAACAAGGAAGAAAUGCCCAGCAUCAUGGCUAGUCUCGGCAAUGGAAAACAGACAAUAAAUAUUCUGGGAGUUGGAAGUGGCACAGGUGAGCAGGACUUGAAAAUGAUCAGGAUAUUGCAGGCUGCACACCCAGGGGUCCUUAUUGACAAUGAAAUUGUAGAGCCCAACCCACAGCACGUGGCAGCUUACAAAGAGUUGGUGAAUCAAGCUUCAGACCUGCAGAAUGUCUCUUUUGUGUGGCACCAGCUCACUUCCUCAGAGUAUGAACAACAGGUGAAAGAGAAAGGCACAGACAAGAAAUUUGACUUCAUCCAUAUGAUCCAGAUGUUGUACCGUGUGGAGGAUGUUCUCAGUACUAUCAAGUUUUUCCACAGCUGUCUUGACCAUCAUGGUAAACUCCUGAUCAUAAUUUUAUCAGACAGCAGUGGAUGGGCCAGCUUAUGGAAGAAGUACAGGCACUGCUUGCCUCCCACCGACAGCGGCCACUACAUCACCUCCAACAGCAUCACAGAUGUUUUGAAGAGACUGGGUGUUGAGUACCAUGUUUAUGAGUUCCCAUCAGGCUGGGAUAUCACCGAGUGCUUUAUCGAGGGGGACCCAGUUGGAGGCCACAUGAUGGAUUUCCUGACGGGGACAAAAAACUUCCUGGGCACAGCUCCCCCGGGGCUGCGGCAGCGGCUGCAGGAGGCUCUCUGCCAGCCCGAGUGCAGCAGCAAAAAGGAUGGGAGGAUCAUCUUCAGUAACAACUUGAGUAUGAUUGUGGUCGAAUCCUAGAACUGGGACCAACCACAGAAGACAAGUUAGGGUGGGUAUGGAGGUGAGACAGUCCCAGAAGGGCCAAAUGUAGGAAGAAGGCAACUUGCAGGCAAGGAGGAAAGAAAGAGGGGCUCAGCUACAGCCUCCCCUUCCCAGGAAGGGGCAGCAGAGCCACCUGUAACUCCUGAGAUGAGCUCUUUAUCCCUCUGAGAUCAACAAGGCCAAUAUUUCACCCUAGCUAUCUAGUCCAGCCCUAGGAGAACAUUUUUCCAGGAAGUAAAGAGCUCCAUCUCACUAAAAGCCUACGUGGGCUUUUUAACAGUAUGCAUCAUGUCUAUGCUUUUGCACUGAGAUUUCCACUUUUCCAUGCAGCCAGCAGGUUACACACCUAAGGAUGUGUCAGGGUGACCAGGGAGGAGGCUGCAGCCCCCAUGCUACCUCUGCAUGGACCCACAGCUUCCAUCUGCACCAGGACAACAUCAGCGAGGUGUCCCCACUGCUUUGCACCCAAAUAACUUGCCUCCCUGCACCCAGCCCUGAGCUGUAAGCUGCUCUGCACCAGCCUAUUUCACAUGGCCUCAUCAGCAUAAGUAUUUACUGUCCCAGGCCUCUCAGCAUCUUGCAAUAUAGGCAUGUCUUAAAACUUUAUCAGCCUUUUUGUUUGGGGAAUUUUUUUUGAUCCCAGAAUGAUAGGUGGCCUGUGCUCUUUUCAGGCAGAUAUUAAUUUUGUUACUUCCUUACUACUGUUUUUCUCCAUCUAAAAUAAAAGCAAUUUUAAAC